AGAACCGUGCUGACUAUAGGAAUUUCUGGCAUUGGAAAAACAAUCUCUGUACAGAAGUUUAAUCUAGAAUGGGCAGAUGGAAGAGUCAACCAGGACAUCCAACUCUUAAUUAAUCUUCCGUUUCGCGAGCUGAAUCUGAUGGUGAGCCACUACACACUUACACAGCUGCUUCAUCAUUUUCUUGCAGAGGCAAAAGAAUCAGGAAUUUCAAAUUUUGGCAAAUAUAAGCUUGUGCUGAUAUUUGAUGGGUUGGAUGAGUGUCGGCUUCCUCUGGACUUUGACCACAACAAGCCCUGCUGCAGCGUCUCAGAACCAGCUUCAGUGGACGUACUACUGACAAAUCUAAUCAAGGGGAACCUGCUGCCCUCUGCACACAUCUGGAUCACCUCCAGGCCUGCAGCUGCAGAUCGUAUUCCAAAUGAUCUUGUUGAUCGCGUGACAGAGAUACGAGGGUUCAACGACCCCCAGAAGGACGAGUACUUCAGGAAGAAAAUCUCUGAUCAAAACAUGGCCAAUAGGGUCAUUUCACACGUUAAGGCAACCAGGAGCCUUCAUAUCAUGUGUCAUAUACCAGUCUUCAGCUGGAUAUCUGCCACCGUUCUCCAGAGGAUUUUAAAAGAAACAGAAAUGAUGGGAACGGAGGAGGAUGGAGGAAGAAAAGAAAUGCCUAACACUCUGACACAAAUGUACGCCAGUUUUCUGGUAUACAACUCGCUGAUCAAAACUCGGAAGUAUUCAGCAGGAGAAGAUUCAUCUGAAACACAGUCCCAGGUCGAAAUUGAUGAAGAUGUGAUCUUGAAACUUGGAAAACUGGCCUUUGAGCACCUGAAAAAAGGCAACAUGAUCUUCUAUGAGAAUGAGUUGACCAAGUACAAUAUCGACAUCAACGAUGCUGCAGUGUAUUCAGGAGUGUUCACACAGAUCUCGGAGAACAACUUUGGAUUUCAUCUGGAGAGGGUCUUUUGCUUUGUGCAUCUCAGCAUUCAGGAGUUUUUUGCUGCCAUGUACAUUUUCUACUCAUUCAUCUGCUUCAAUCAGAACUUGCUGGAACCAGAAGAAACCAUCAGCGUCCAAGAGGCUCCCAGUGAAGUAACCAGCCUCCUCAAGAGUGCAGUGGACAAGGCUUUGCAGAGUGAGAACGGACACCUGGAUCUUUUUCUUCGUUUCCUUCUGGGUCUCUCGCAGACAUCCAAUCAGUCUCUGUUGAAGAGCGUUCUGACCACAAUGGAGAGCAGUCCACAAAGAAAUGAGGAAAUUGUUGAAUACAUCAAGGAGAAGAUCCGGCUAAAUCCUUCCACAGAAAAAUGCAUCAAUCUCUUCCACUGCCUCAUUGAGCUGAACGAUCAGUCUCUUUUGGAGGAAAUCCAAAACUACCUGAACUCUGGUAGUCUGUCAGUGACCAAACUAUCCCCCUCACAGUGGGCUGCUCUGGUGUUUGUGUUGCUUACCUCAAAGGAAGCAUUGGUUGAGUUUGACCUGAGGAAAUAUUCAAGAUCAGAGGAGGGUCUUCUGAGGCUAUUACCAGUGAUCAAAGAAUCCAGAGUAGCCAUGCUUAAAGAAUGUAACCUCUCAGAGAAAUGUUGUGAAGCACUUGGAGCAGUCCUAAGCAAUCCAUGUCUGAAGGAACUGGACCUGAGUGACAAUGAUCUGCAAGACUCCGGAGUAGAACUGCUCUGUGCUGGACUGGCAAGUUCAUCAUGUCAGCUGAAAAAACUGAGAUUGUCAUUCUGUGGAAUCACAGAGACUGGCUGUGGCUUUUUGGGCAGAGCACUGAGGUCCAACCCCACCCACUUGAUGGAACUGGAUCUGAGUUACAAUCAUCCAGGCCAACUGGGGAUGGAGCUGCUGUCCUCUGUACAGAAGAACAUUGAACACCUUACAGUCAGAUUGGAAGGCAAUGCAGAGUGCUACUUAAAAUCAUCUCUGAAGAAGAAAUACAGCAAAACAAUGACACGAAUGGAAACAGCUCAGCCAUAUCCUGACAGCCCAGAGAGAUUUGCAGACUGGGGACAGGUGCUUUGUAAAGAGGGUCUGUCUGCUCGUUGCUACUGGGAAGUGGAGUGGACCGGUGAAUGGACAGGUAUAGGAGUGGCUUAUAAAGGAAUCAGCAGGAAAGCAAAAGGUAAUGAUAGUGUCCUUGGCUACAACGAUCAGUCCUGGAGUCUACGCUACCAUCAAGGUAAAUACAACGCCUGGUACAAUAAGAAUGAUGCAGCCAUAACUGUCCCCUACUUCAACUCCAAAAGGACUGGAGUAUUUUUGGACUGGUCAGCUGGCACUCUGUCCUUCUAUGCCAUAUCCUCAAACACCAUGACUCACCUUCAUACAUUCCACACUCAGUUCUCUGAACCCGUGUAUCCAGGCUUCAGGCUCGGAUUUGAAGAUUCUUCAUUGACACUUUGCCCGCUAGAAUACCCUUAAAUACCCAUAUUCAAUGUAUAUGUUCAUGAAACAUGUACAUAGAAUAAAUCAAGACUGGAAAAAUGCAAAUAAUUAUGUUCCUAUCAGCUUUCUAGCAGGGCUCUCUAGUGACAGUUAAGUGUAUAUGAUUAUAGUGUAUGUCAAACAUCAUGUAGAAAUACGGAGUCAGCAUCAGCGAGUUGUUUCUCCAUCCAGCUACCACUGCUUUACAAUGACAACUCCUCCAGGACAUCCAGGCUGCUCUCUGUCCCUAAUGGGUGAGACCAAACACCCCGCCAAAGGACACCUGAACCUGCAGUCUGCACCUUGAGGCACAGGUCUUUCACAAUGACCUUCCAGUACAACACCUGCAUUAACGGACACCUCACUCCAUUACCUCCAUCAGACAAACAGCAAGCUGUGACAGCCCAGGGUCAUAUGACAGUAUUUGUUUUGGCCUGUUCAGGUUCUUCCUGAUUGGCUGGCCCUUCCCAUCUAAGUGAAGGACUGGGUUCACCUGUUUGGAGCCGAUGUAAACUGGGUGCCCCCUCUCUCACUUUGCCUCUUGGAAAUCAGGCCUGAAUUCAUGUUACAGCUAAUUUAGGUUAGCACUUACAUUUUUCCUCGCACUGACUUAAUAUGUUCCACUUUGCUUAUGCUGAGUUCCUCCUUAAUAAGUUUUGUUUGUUUACUUGAGUGGUUACUGAGUGGACCUCCCUCCUUUGUUAUGCUCUCCCUGAGUCUUCAGAUGGAGCCUCCCAACAGAGUGUGCUGCCACCUGGGUUCAGGACUUCAUUGCCUGAGUUUAUCCCCCCUUCGAGGUCAGCAGUUCUCCCCCACUGUAUAUAUGUUUGUCAAACCUUGUUCAUUUUGUUUGUUUAUUUAUGUUGAUUUUAUACUUGGAAGUUCAAAUCCUUAUGUUCUGGCAGUUUGAACAUGUUUCCAUUGGGAAACCGGUGUUGGUCCUUUUUUUUUUUUUUUAUCUGUACAG